AUGAAUCCACAGAACCAGAGCAGCGUGUCCGAGUUCCUCCUCCUGGGGCUCCCCAUCCCCCCGGAGCAGCAGGGCAUGUUCUUCGCCCUGUUCCUGGGCAUGUACCUGACCACGGUGCUGGGGAACCUGCUCAUCAUCCUGCUCGUCAGGCUGGACUCGCGCCUCCACACCCCCAUGUACUUCUUCCUCAGCCACCUGGCCCUGUCUGACGUCUCCCUUUCAUCCAUCACUGUCCCAAAGAUGCUGACAAACAUGCAUAGUCAGUGGCAGUCUAUCACAUAUUUGGGAUGCAUUUCACAGGUGUAUUUCAUCGUCUUCUUUGGUUCCCUUGAUGGCUUCCUUCUCACAGUGAUGGCGUAUGACAGGUAUGUGGCCAUCUGUCACCCUCUCCACUACACCAUCAUCAUGAGGGACGAUGUGUGUGUCAUUUUCAUGGUUGGGUGCUGGCUCUCCUCCUGGGCCCAGGCUCUGUUGCACACCCUCAUGGUGGGCCGAUUCAUGAGGCCUGGGAACCAGAGCAGCGUGUCCGAGUUCCUCCUCCUGGGGCUCCCCGUUCCCCCAGAGCAGCAGGGCGUGCUCUUCGCCCUGUUCCUGGGCAUGUACCUGACCACGGUGCUGGGGAACCUGCUCAUCAUCCUGCUUGUCAGGCUGGAUUCGCGCCUCCACACCCCCAUGUACUUCCUCCUCAGCCACCUGGCCCUCUCUGACGUCUCCUUUGCAUCCAUCACUGUCCCAAAGAUGCUGACGAACAUGCAGAGGCAGUGCCGAUCUAUCACAUAUUCCAGGUGAAUUUCACAGGUGUAUUUCUUUAUAUUGUUUGGUUGCCUUGACAGUUUUCUCCUCACAGUGAUGGCGUAUGACAGGUAUGUUGCCUUCUGUCACCCUCUCCACUACACCAGCAUCAUGAGGGAUGAGGUGUGUAUCCUCCUUGUGGUUGGGUGCUGGCUCUCCUCCUGUGCCCAGGCUCUCCUGCACACCCUCUUUGUGAACCAGCUGUCCUUCUGUGCAGGGACGAUAGUUCCCCACUUCUUUUGUGAUCUUGCUGUUGUGCUCAAGUCCUCCUGCUCAGACACCUCCCUCAAUGAGCUGCUCAUCCUCAUCGCAGGAGGAUUGGUGGUCAUCCUGCCAUUGAGUGGGAUCCUGGGCUCAUAUAUCCACCUGGCAGUCAUCAUCCUGAAGGUCCCCUCCCUCCAAAAAAUCUCUAAAGCCUUGUCUACCUGUGGCUCCCACCUCCCUGUAGUGCUUUUAUACUAUGGGACAAUUGCAGGUGUUUACUACUUCCCCUCAUCAGCUGACUCCAAGAACAAGGACAUCAUUGCCUCUGUGAUGUACACGGUAGUCACCCCCAUGCUGAACCCCUUCAUCUACAGCAUGAGGAAUAAUGAUGUGAAACAUGCUCUUAAGAAAAUAUUCAGAGCCAAGGGCACCCCUUAUUGCCAUCAAUUCAAUCCCAUUGUAAUGGGCAUUCACAGGGACUGUAAAAUAGGUCUCCUUAAAACUUCUACUUUGGAUGUCUCAUCACUGAUACCAAUCUUCUCCCAGUCUCAUUUUCUGUUUCCUCGAGUCCUUUUCUUCACCUGA